AUGAUUGACAUUGUGGUGUUGGGGGUAGGAGUAGGUGUAGAUGUUGGGGCUGGAGAAGGUGUUGGGGUUGGAUUUGUUGUAGGAGUAGGUGUAGAUGUUGGGGCUGGAGAAGGUGUUGGGGUUAGAGUUGUUGUAAGGAUAGGUACUAUAGAUGAUGGGUUUGGAGUUGGUGUUGGGAUUGGAGUUGUUGUAGGAAUAAGUGGUGUAGGUGUUGGAGAAUCUUGUAAAAUAAGUCUUCCUCUACUAGCUACACGUCGGCCUCAAGAGGUUGUUGUUCUCCCACCUCUAUUUGUACCUCUACCUGCCAUCUAA